GGAGGGUAUUUCAUUAGGCUGAGUCAUUGCUUGCGAGAGAAGGAGGAGGCCUGAAGAGCAUCCCUCGCCAAAGCACUCUGCAGAGAAAUCUGGAGGAGGAAUUUAUAAAGCAAGGUAAAGCGCACGCAUCUGCAGCACUGAAAACAGGCAUAAAGGUGAGGAGGUGGAAAGGCUGAGAGGAAUUCAGAGUCAGCCUUGAAAGAACGGGACUGUGGGAGUGGAACAAAAGCUGUAUAUUCACACCUACCUGCAUCACUCUGAGAAGAAAAAGGGAGGAUCCUUUAAAAGAGCUGACUCAGAAACAUUCACAAAUCUUGGAGAAACCUAAAGGCCUGCCCCAUUCAAGCAUCAUUUCUUGAAUUCACUGUAUUAACUCCUUCUCGCCUGGAUUUCCUCCAUGUUUGUGAGCAUCUUUGUUCCUGUGUGCUGCACACAAGGUUGUCUUUGCCAUCGGACUGAAAAUCUAAACCUCAUACAUUAACUGAAUGCAGGACACUGGAUCAAGCUUAAAACAUUUCUGUUGUCUGGACAUUAGCUAAUCACUUAAAUAAUUUUUGGUGCCAUCAUCUGAACAUUUGUUAAAUAAACUGCAGCAGUAAAGCAGAUAAAGCCUUCAUUCAAAGAACAGAUUUUUUAUUUCAUCUGGCCUGAAAACCACAGAAAAUGAAUUUGAGAGAGACUCUGAAAAUACUUUCUACAUUCCAAUGUUUGGGAAGGUAAAUAUUUCAAUUUUUAGUUUUCAUAUCAGGAAGAAGACAUCAGUUACAAAACCAUCAUCAUUGCUGUUUGCAAAGCCUUUUUUAUUCAAAGAUGUAUCAUUCCUUUUCUGCUGUCACUGUAUGUAAAAUAAAGCAAUAGGGCUACGCUUUUGAAACUGUAUUAUGGGAAGUCUGAAGUUCAAAUUCUGCUGCAAAACCUAUUGCUUCCCAUGUGGAAUAUCAUACAACUUGAAUGAUCUUUGCUUCCUGUCAUCCUGUAAAGAAAUGUAUAUGGUAGUAAUUACAACAUCUUGAUGUAUUAAUUGUAUGAAGGUAUACUGCAAAAGUGUGCACCAGAAAAAAGGAAUUAAGGUCAAACUGUGCAACAGAGAAUACAAAUAAUGCCACAUGUUUUAAGUGACUGAAUAUUGAAUGGAAUAGUUGCAUGAUGAAACAUUUCUGUCAGCACACCUGGAUUAAAACGAUCUGGAUUUAUAUCUCUCUCAAUACAUACCUGUCACACAGCCAGCAAAAAUAAAAGCAAAAGCAGCAGAAGAAAAGUAAGACACAGACGCCUCGGGAAUUGUUUUCAAUUCAUUUCAGAGUGAAAAAAAAUCAAAUGUUCUAAACGAAAUAAAGUAGUUCUGAAUAUUUCUGGGUAACAAGUUAUUCUAGGGACAUCACUGAAAAAAAUAAAUGGUGCAUUAUCUGUUCUGAGCCUGUUGCACUAUUUAUAAUUGAUGAUAUGCAAAAGACAUAAGCACUUGGCUCUGUUUAAAGUGAGUGUAGUGGAUUUCAUUAUCCUUCUGUUCUAUAAUUAAGGAAAUAAAAGCAAAGAAAGAUAAUAUAAGACUCAGCUGUACUACUGACAUAUGGUUUCAUCCUGAAUUUAACUGCAAGCAUUAUCACUUGUACAUGUAUACGAAGCCCUGAAGAUCGUUUUCAUUUAAUAAAGCAGUACUGCAGGAAAUUGCUUUUUUUAAUACUGAAGAAAUCCUUAUUAGAAUUUGAGAAUUUCCCUUUAUGAUAUAGCUGCCUAAAUGCAUUUUCUAGAUGUCCUUUUCAAAUGCAUUUAAAAAUGUUUUGUAACAGCUGUUCUUCCAUAUGAACAUGUUUAUUUACAGUACUAAAGGAAAUUUUAAGUAGUAUUUCAUGCAGAGAAUGCAUGACAUACAGCUGAUUCAGAUGCCUGCACAUACUUAGCAUUUCGGUUGUUAAUACGUUUAACAUGCAUUUUCCUCUAUCCACACUUAUUGGCUUAAAUGUUUGAAAGAACAACUCAGCAGUUCAUUAAUUUGAUGCCCGUGUGCAACUGCAAAUAGGCAUCCUUAAAACCCUGAGGCACAUAACUGUUCUAACAGGAACGUGUGGGGGAUUUCAAACUGCAAAGACUCCUGUCACUUCUAGAGAAACACCAUCAGCUGUGAGGCUCUUUGACACUUGCAUUGCUCUCUGUAUUGCUUGCUCCAGCGUGAGUGAAAUAGUACAUUACUUCACAGAGCUGAUAUUUAGAACCUUGGAAAAAAGAGAAUGGCAUUUCUGUGACAAAUCUUUUUAUUUACUUAGUUUUUUUUCUUUUCAUGAUGUCUUUUUUUCUUUCAUUUUACCUUUCUGAGUAUCACAAAAACCCUCAUUAUUUUUUUCAAUGUUAAAGUUUGCACUGCAAUAUAUGCUUCACAUUUCUUUUGCUCACAGUAAAUCUGGAUGCAUUUUUACAUCAAAUGAUUGAGAAUUCUCCCUUUCUAAUUAAAACUUACCUUUGAGCUCAGGCAUUAAGAACAGAGGACUGCCAACAUGACCCAUGUAAAGUAUCAGCUUUCUGAAGUGUCUGCUACUACACAUAGACCUUUGGCAUGAAACUGAGAAGGCAAUAUUCAAGAACUGUAUAUAAUAUAUUUGCUUCUGGGAACCCCCUAAACUAGUGUUGGGACUGGGAUGUUUUGAGAGAUGGUGACGAGAGAUGUCUGGGGAAUACGAAGAAGAGAGGUGCAAGAGUGCUUUAGCACUGGUCGAGGAGCUUUGUUUCAACUUAAGGGCCUACAAGGAAUAUGAAAAAUGUUUGGAAUUUGCAGAAUACCUUCCAAAAUAUGCUGUACCCAGGCACACUGACAAAGAUAUUUCAGUGAGCCUUCUGUCUGUCAUUGUCACAUUUUGUGGAAUUGUUUUGCUGGGGGUUUCACUCUUCGUCUCCUGGAAGCUGUGCUGGAUCCCAUGGAGGGACAAAGGCUCAUCGCAAACUCAAAGGAAAGACCAUCAUCAUCUCCAUCAUCAUCACCACUCACAUUUUGGGGAUCUGGUGGAACGGGUUGAACUGGGACCUGAAAUGCCAGAGAGGUCCUAUCUUGAUAUGGACUCAUACCCUGAUAACAGCAUUAAAGUGAGCCAGACAUCUCCUGAUUUUCCAGGAGAGGCUCAGACAGGGAGUAAAGAAGGUUUCAUCCCCAAUGCUCAUUCACACCAACAGGUUGCAAACAUUGCUCCUGUGCCCAGUAGGUAUAACACUCUACCAAGACAAAUGCCCCAACAUUUGUCAAGUCCAGAUUUUGCUGGCCACCUUGAGGAAAAGCCAGAACAGGCUACCAGCAUUGGACAGAUCAAACCAGAACUGUACAAGCAGAGGUCAGCUGAUGCAGAGACCAAGAAGAUGGAAAUGGAGCCAUGCGGCAGGAUUAAUUUUGCCUUACGUUACACAUACAAUACAGAGCAGCUUGUUGUCAAAAUACUGAAAGCAUUAGACCUUCCAGCAAAGGAUGCCAAUGGUUUUUCUGACCCAUAUGUGAAAAUAUAUCUCUUGCCAGACCGGAAAAAGAAAUUUCAAACCAAAGUUCACAGGAAAACUCUGAAUCCCGUUUUCAAUGAGACCUUUCAUUUUAAUGUUUCUUAUAAUGAACUUCAGAAUCGAAAGCUGCACUUCAGCGUGUAUGACUUUGAUCGAUUCACACGGCAUGAUUUGAUUGGCCAGGUGGUGGUGGAUAAUUUGUUUGAGGCUUCUGACCUUUCAGAGGAGACCAUGGUUUGGAGAGAUAUCUUAGAAGGAAAUUCUGAAAAGGCUGAUCUGGGUGAGAUCAAUUUUUCUCUCUGCUACCUACCAACUGCUGGCAGGCUGACUGUAACAAUAAUAAAGGCAACUAAUCUGAAGGCCAUGGAUCUCACUGGAUUUUCAGAUCCAUAUGUGAAGGCUUCUCUCAUCUGUGAUGGGCGCCGGCUGAAAAAACGCAAGACCUCUAUCAAGAAAAAUACACUGAAUCCCAUUUACAAUGAGGCACUGGUCUUUGACAUUCCUAAUGAAAAUAUGGACAAUGUCAGCCUCACAAUUGCUGUAAUGGACUAUGACUGCAUAGGUCAUAAUGAAGUGAUCGGGAUGUGCCGUGUUGGAAAUGAUGGCGAUGCAGCUGGAAGAGACCAUUGGAGUGAGAUGCUAGCAAAUCCCAGGAAACCUAUUGAACACUGGCAUCAGCUUAUGGAGGGCUCAGAUGACUGGAAUUCCUCUGCCUCAUCUACUCUGCAGAUCAUUCCUUGCAUUUGCAAACAGGAAAAGAAAUUUCCAUGAACUCUCAUGCAGCAGAAGAAAAUAUCUGAUUUAGUCAAUCAGUUCUCCAGACCAUUGAACAUUUUAUUCCUUUUAAAGCCAUAAGAGAGUAGCAAGAAUUCAUGGGAAACAGAAACAUAACUUUAAACAGUGUUAUGCAAUGAAAGAAAGAUGGAUUACUGGAGAAAAGGGCACAUAGUAUAAAAUAUGUGGAUAGUCAUAGCAGUAGACGUUUGACUCAUGAUUUGACAAUUUAAGAACUAAUGGAUUCACAAAAUGAAUUCCAUCUUCUUGAGUGUUCUACUUCUAGGAACUGAAAAAGGCGUCUUUCACCAAAACUGUGAUACUGUGAGCGAGUAAUGUCGUAGAGUGCUAUACCCUCUUUCACUUUAGGCCAUCUAUAUACCUUGCAUAUCAAAUUCUCAACAAAAGCUUCUGUCAAAAACUCAGACAAAUAUAAGUGUCAGACAUGUUAAGUUUGCAUGCUGUAAUAAAAUGUGAAAAUGUAACAUUUUGUGGAGGGGAGACAUUUGUUGUGUUUUCUUCCUAUUAUAGAUAUACCUGUACCUGCCAUUACCUUGCUCCUUCUGUAAAAUGUUUCUCCCACUAAAAUUACAGUAUUUCAGGUGUAA